GAGUCGAUCUAGCCAGUUAACCGCCUGAAAAUCCGCAUCCUCCCCACGGCAUCUACCGCCACCACCGCCGUAUCCCGUAGGACCACCCGCCAAUCACGCUAUCCGCCUGAUGUGGCCCACCUACCGCACCCGUGCCACUGCAUCAUGAGUGCCCCCGCCUCACCCGUCCCACCCACCCCGGCCUCCAUCCCGGCCCCGGAUGAUUCGCUCAGCUCGGCUUUGAAAUCCACGGCUGAUAGGCCACCCGCCUGUCUCGCAUCCGGAUCCGGACUGGAUGGAAAAGCUAUACCCUCAGUGACCGACCCAAAUGACAAAGUGGCCACGGUCAUCGUGGAUGGGAAGCCGGUGUCAGUGGCUCCGGCGGAUAUGGCCAUGAAACCGGAUGAGCUGGCGGGUCAGGAUGAGAGUCAAGACGUUGGAAAACCAGAUGUGGUCCAGGAGGAGGCGGCCCAGCCGGAGCAAGAGUUGCAGGCUGACCGAGACCAGAAGGAAGCCCAGGGAGAACCCGGUACUAAGCCCACAUCCGAAGAAGAAGAAGAAAAGGAAGAGGAAGAGGAUGAGGAUGAAGAAGGGGAAGAAGGGGAAGAAGCCCCCCGUGAAAGCAAUUUGGCGGCCAAUACGGCCGUCAAGACUGACCUCGAGCCGGAUAUGAAGGGCGAGUCCAUUGAGGAUGAUCCCAAUCUGGCCGUGGUCAUUUCGUUCUUGACCAAAUUCGGCGCUCAGUGCGGUUUGGAGGGCUUCAACUUGGAAGAGUUGGAGACGCAUUUGGAAUCACGAGAAGAGGUGUUGCCCAAAUGGAUGCAGCUCCAUAUCAAACUCUUGCGCAAGAUCAAUAAGUCGGUCACGCCCGCCAAAUGGGAGCGCUCUUUAGUCAAGUUUGUGUAUUUAGUGUCCACCGAUGAUGGGUGGGACCUGGAAAAGUUCGGCUAUCGACUUGUGCCUUCCACCAUGAAAUUACGCAUUCUCAAGAGCUUGCUCGAAUCCCAAUUCGACUUCAAUGUCAAGUUCAAAAGUGAGGUGAAUAAACAAGACGCCCAAAAUCUCCGAUGUCAUCCCCUGGGCUGGGACAAAUUGGGCAACGCCUACUGGUACAACAUGGACGACGAGGCCAAUCUGCGAGUGUACAAAGAGGAUCCCGACGAGGAGACGUGGGAAUUAGCCGCCCGAUCCAAGGAUGAGUUCCUCGAAUUGAUCGGUCAAUUGAAGACCGGAGCCACUUAUCUCAAGCGCGAGCUAACCACAAUCAAGAGUGAAGAACCCGCGCUAGAAGACGAUGACGAUGAUCCUCAAGAAUUGGCCAAUAUCAUUCGCGACACGGGUCCUGUGCCCGAGAGCUGCCAAACCAGCUACGGCAACUCUGACGAUGACGAUGAUUCCCGUCCCCUUCAAAUUGAUGAAGGCCCCGCCAAGGAAUCCGAUCCGGAAGAAUCCAAAGGCGAAUCGGACAGUGCCAAGUCCGUUCAGACGCCGAAAACCUUGGUAACGCCCAGUUCCGUCUCGAUUUCGCCUCCUAGUGUCGAUCCUGCUCCAAGUUCUGAUGCCAUCCCGCCUUUAAGUGUUGCCCUUGCCCCAAGUAUUGCACCAGUUCCACCCCCAAGUGAUGCUCCUGCUCCCACUCCUGUUCCAUCUACCGUUCCUGCGCCUACUCCUGCUCCCGUCUCCGCUCCCGCCCCGAGUCCGCCUAAGAAAUCUCAUUAUAGCAUUGAAAGCCUCAUAUCCAAGGACGAUCGACACAUGAAACGGCCUUUAGAGGUGGAAAAUGGCUCACCCAACGCCGAGAAACGGCCGAAAUUGGCCCCUUCCGAAACGAUAUCCGAGCCUACCAUGCUAGUGGUGGGUCAAGGUAAUGGGGUGGAUAAUAAGGAUGCUCCAGAACCGAGACCAGCCGAUGACACACAUAGCGAAGAGGACGAGGUGAUUGAAGAACCUGUGAUGGUGUUCAGCGGUUUGGGCAGUGGAGUUGACAAUCUAGCCCGAAAUCCUGACAACGACAACGAUAGCAACAGCAACGGCGUAGAUCAUGAGGAGAAAAAACUCGGGGAGAGUGAGCUCAAAUCCGUGAAACGAGGCCAUCCUGAAUCGACGAAAGAAGAGACGAUGAGCAAGGAAGAUCAAAUCAAAUCCGAUCCAGAGGACAUGGAAGAAGACCAGCCCAAACCAAAGAGAGGCAAGGAGGACGAAGAGUUAAAAUCGAACGGCAAAGACGAGAGUGCAUGUGAUACAAAAGAGGACAAGAAAAUGCCCAAGAAGAAGAAGCACCCCUCCAAGAAAGGCCAGGAUCCCGAGGAUGAAGACGAGCCCAUUUUGAGGUCAUCUCGACGAACGAGUAGCCGCAUCGCCACCUUGAGGAUACGCGAAGCUGAGCGACGUCAAAAGGAGGAGGAAAAUGCUUUGGACGACUUCCGAGAGAAGAUGCGAAGGAAAGCCGAGCGGGAACAGAACCGUUUGGACAAGUACAGGGCCAUGGGACGCGAGUUUGAACGGGAGAUGGCCAAGACUCGAAAACGGGGAAAAGCCGAGACGUCGGAUGAGGAUUACGAAGAUGAAGGCGAAGGUAAUAAGACGGCGACGAAGCGGAAAAGAAGGAAGAAAAAGAAGAAGAAACGAGGCGAAGAGAAUCUCAGAGAGUUCGCCAAGUUCUCCUCGGGCAGUAGCGACGAUGAAGGGCUUGAAGGAGAGGAGGAUGAAGAUCUCGAAGGCGAACAUGAAGAGGAUGACCACGAUGAGGUCCUGUUCCACUCCGAUCACGAAUUCUCGUGUGAAUCCGAUGUACCUGAUGGCGAAGCUCAACCCAUUCAACACGCCAGAACCGCCACCAAAGGCAAGAAACGGAAGAAGAAGAAGACACGCAAAACCGAAUCCGUGGAGACUGUCGUGGCGGCUGAGUCCGAAUCCGAAGAGGACGAUUCGGAUGACAACUGGGCUUGCAAGAAAUGCAACAAACGCGACCAUCCCGAAUGGAUCCUAUUGUGCGACAAAUGCGACGAUGGUUGGCACGCCUCUUGCCUUCGACCCAGUCUCAUGGUGAUCCCAGAAGGCUCCUGGUUCUGCCCCAAUUGCCAGCACGCUGUGCUCCUCACCAAAUUGGAGGAGAAUCUCGUCAGUUUCGAAGUCCUCCUCAAGAAAAAAGACGCGGAAACCAAACGCAAAGAGCGGUUGGCCUUCGUCUCCAUGUCACUCUCAAAUAUCCUGCCCCCCAAGGCAACCAGCAGUGGGGCAAAGAAACCGGCCAACAAAACCAAGUCAGAGAACCCGCGUCGCCACGUCCCUCGAAAACGCCAUCGAAGUGACGAUUCGUUCUCGGGUUCGAGUUCGGGCAGCUCCUCGGAUGGUAAUAGUACGUCUUCCGAAGAAGAAGAGCCUGUGAAAGAUGGACGACGAAGAGCCACGAGGAACGUGUCUUACUCCCUCAAGGCCUAUGACGAUAUGAUUCGUUCGGCCAUUGCCGACGAGGUCGUUUACCUUCCGGUUGCUGGGCAAGGCAAAGCUAUCGAGGCUGCUGCACCCGAUGACGAUGAGGAAGAUGGCGAAGGUGGAGAAGACGAGGAGGAAGAGGAAAAUGUUGAACAAGCGAAAUCUUCCACGGGUCAAUCUGGUCUUGGACGUGGAAAGGACAUGGCAAAUAUUCUUGGAGCGGAUGAUGACGAGGAAGAAGGAGCCUCUGCGAAGGAAAAAGAUGACGACGACGACGACGACAAAGAUGAAAUUGUACCGUCUGAUGUUCCCCAACCCAUCAAGAUGGAAAUCCAAAAAGAUAUUCCUUCCGGCAAAGGCAAGAAGAAGGCGAAGAAAAGCAAGAAAUUCGGUGCACUCUCCUCGUCCGACGACGGGGAUGGGGACAGUGGGUCAGAUUUUGUGGCCAGCGAGAUCUCCUUAGAGGAAGAUGAGGAAGACGAGGAAGAAUUCCUGGACGACGCAGUGUCCAGUGACGACGGAGGGUUGGGAACGUCAUCCCGAAAGAAGUCUUCCCGAGCAGCUACCCGCAAGUCCAAUCGCAAUCGCAAGGUCAUGUACGACGAGGACUUUGUGUUUGACGGAUCCGAUUCCGAGGAUGAUCCGUCCAAGAAGAAAAAGAAACGCAGGAAGAACGACGACUCUUGGGACUCUGAGAUCUCUUUGGAAGAUGACGAAGAGGAGUACGGGAGUAAGAAGAAAAAGAAGAGCUCCAGCAAGAAGAAAUCUCGACUAAAGUAUGAUUCUCUCAGUUCCGAAGAAGAUGACGAAGACUUCGAAGCUAGCAUCAGCAAGAAGAAACAAAGGAUCCUGAGUGACACCUCGGCACAACGCAAGACUCGAGGCAAGAAAAUUCAAUUCGAGUGGGAGGAAUCCGAUGACGAUAGUGACGUGCCACUUCGCAGAUCCAAAGCCCCUUCCUCAUCAGCGUCGAAAAAAAAGAAAGGUGGCAAGAAAAGAGUGGAUGAUACGGACACGGAAAUGGAAGACUACCAAUCAGAGCCUGAGCUCGAUGAUGACGAGGAGGAGGACUCGGACUAAAAUAACUUUACGUAUAUACAACCAAACACAUAUAUACCAAUCAAUGCCCCCCCCACAUCAUUUGUGCUUGUUGAACCCAGUUCUUAUUUGAAAUCCCUUUUUUUUAAUAGUAUUACCUAAAUCAAUAAAACAUCAUUAAUAUCACUCAAGUCCACCGAUCAGUCCUUUGUAUUCCAG